ACAGGUCAGAGAGGUAACGAGGCUGUUGGACGCCGGGUAGCUUGUCAAAUGAAAUCCUUGCGGUUGUUAAAUAAUCUCUCUCACACUGGUCAUCUUUGAUCACAGAGGACAAGGCACGACGAACGAAACCACCAGCAGACAUGUCGUACUGCAAACAAGAGGGUAAAGAUCGCAUCAUCUUUGUGACAAAGGAAGACCAUGACACACCCAGCAACGCUGAGCUGAUUGCAGACGAUCCCGAUGAUCCAUAUGAGGAGCAGGGCCUAAUCCUGCCAAAUGGAGACAUAAAUUGGAACUGCCCAUGUCUGGGCGGGAUGGCGAGCGGACCAUGUGGCUCUCAGUUCAAGGAGGCCUUCUCGUGCUUCCACUACAGUUCAGAAGAGGUGAAGGGCUCUGAGUGUAUCGACUACUUCAGUAAAAUGCAAGAGUGCAUGCAGCGGUAUCCUGAGCUCUAUCCCCAGGAGGAGGACAAAGAAAGCUCCUCUCAAGUAGAAUCCCGCUCUGGAUCUGACUCCGCUGCCCCAUCUGACAAUUCUGCCUUAAUAUCUGAGAGUGACUCUACUGCAGCCACUUCAUCUGACAGCACUGCACCUACAGACAGCCAGAUCGCCAGCUAAAGUCUCUCAGUCACCAUUGACAGGCUCUUGUUCCUGUUGCGCAAGCACCGGCCAGCAUAAGUGACUCUCCAUGAGGAGCUCUUGAUUGGUCUCGUCUCCUGUUCAAACCCUUCGGAGAGGGCUUAUUGACACAGCUGCAACACUCGUGGGAAAUAUUUACAGGCUGUCAAAGGAAGACUUGCAGAGAAAAGUAGCGUAUGUACAACAAUAUAGGCUGCUUUGUUUGCUGAGCACUCACAAAUCAUUUAUUAAUGUUAUUACUGCCCCCGCAGCAAAUAGCUGUGGGGGCAUUAGCUGAAAGGCUCCCUUAAUAUGCAAUAGACAUUUAAUUUGCUGCUUGUUCUCUUGUCAAUCAGAAGAGCUGUUUGUUAGCAUCAAUUAUGUGUGCUGUUAUGUUACUGUCAGCAGCUCAGGAGAAUCAAUUAACUGAUUUAUUACUAAUUAUUCAGUUUGACAGAAAUCUGAACUGUAAUCUCCAGAUCUUUUCAUUUGAGCAACAUUCACCUUUUUUUCUUUUUUUUUAAUACCUCAACAGAAGAAAAUUUGACUCUUAGUUCUACUUGCUUUCCAUCACUUUAGAGACCAAAACGCAAAUAAUCAGCAAGAACCUAAGGCUGCAAUUAAAACUUCUGUGCAGUUUACACAUGAUACUGUUUCUGUUUGUUGGCACUUCAUAGAAACUUCAGGAUCUCCAGCUACAUGUGUUGCAGUAAGAAUAAUAGUUGGCAUUUUUCUAAAUUGGCUUCGUAUCUGACCUGUCACAUUUAACUGUUUUUGUUGUCUCAACACUGUCUAGAGUCUUCACUUAGACGCUGUGGUCGCUGUUCACUGUCAUUCAGGACCUAAAGGACUUGAUGGGUUUUCUCAAAUGUCUGGAUUAAAAUGAUCGUCUAACAA